GACAAGACGCGUCUUGGAUCACAAAUAGGGAUGCAGGGCGCAUGCGCACUGGGCUCCGUUUACUGUAGGAUAUUCACCGUGGAAGAAAAAAAAAGGGGGCAGGCAACAACACAAGCUUUUUAAAAACAGCAAAAACCCGACUUGUGCAAUGUAAAUAAGCUCCGGGAGGGACGCGAAAUAGGAUUAUCAACAGGUAGGAUUCUGAUUGAUCUUGUGAUCGUCUGUCUGUCUCUCGCUCUUUCUCUCGCUCUCUCUCUCUGUCUCUCUCGCUCUCUCCUCUUUUUUUUUUUUUUUUUUUUGGCCUUGUCUUGUGUGGUGGCUGCGAUUCUAGGCAAUUCAUAGCGGGGACCUGGGCAUUAUUCUAGUCUAAUGGACGUACGGAUCCGCUCCACUGUUAUGCUUCAUCCGGCCGAUUGGGAUGCGAGGACGAUGCUUUUACAUGCUGUCUUUUUCGCCGACAUCUGUCGGAUUCAGACGCGCGUAGAACACUCGGCUGACAAUCGGAGGACGCAUUUAGACGCGUGUGAUGAGACAAAGGAACAAAGGAUGCCUUAGAGGAGAGGUUGCCUAUAUGCCUGGAAACCUCUUCAAAGCCCACCACCAAAUGGAUCUAACACCUCCCCCUGCCACCUCUAGAUCAUGAUACUUGGCUGAAGCUAUUCCGCUAUCUUUAUGAUCCCUCCUCCAUCUAUGGCGAACUAUAGCCAUGCAGGGGACCACACCAUCUUGCAGAAUGUCUCUCCUCUCGCCACGUUCCUCAAACUGACCUCUCUGGGUUUCAUUAUUGGAGUCGGUGUGGUUGGAAACCUCCUGAUCUCCAUCCUGCUGGUCAAAGACAAGAGUCUGCACCGAGCGCCCUACUAUUUCCUGCUGGACCUGUGCGCCUCUGACAUCCUGCGCUCUGCCAUCUGCUUCCCCUUUGUCUUCACCUCGGUCAAGAAUGGAUCGGCCUGGACCUACGGCACGCUGACCUGCAAAGUGAUCGCCUUCCUGGGUGUGCUCUCCUGUUUCCACACGGCGUUUAUGCUCUUCUGCGUCAGCGUCACACGCUACCUGGCCAUCGCACACCACCGUUUCUACACCAAGAGGCUGACCUUCUGGACCUGUCUAGCUGUCAUCUGCAUGGUGUGGACAUUGUCAGUGGCUAUGGCGUUCCCGCCGGUGCUAGAUGUAGGGACGUACUCUUUUAUCCGGGAGGAGGACCAGUGCACGUUCCAGCACCGCUCCUUCAGGGCGAAUGAUUCGCUGGGCUUUAUGCUCCUGCUGGCGCUCAUCCUCCUGGCCACACAGCUGGUUUACCUCAAGCUCAUCUUCUUUGUGCACGACCGUCGAAAGAUGAAGCCUGUCCAGUUUGUGCCUGCCGUCAGCCAGAACUGGACCUUCCACGGGCCAGGCGCGAGCGGGCAGGCGGCGGCCAACUGGCUGGCGGGGUUCGGCCGAGGCCCCACCCCGCCUACCUUGCUGGGCAUCCGGCAGAACAGCAACGCAGCGGGCCGCAGGCGUCUGCUGGUAUUGGAUGAAUUCAAAACAGAGAAGAGGAUUAGUAGGAUGUUCUACAUCAUGACGUUUUUCUUCCUGGCGCUGUGGGGGCCCUAUCUGGUCGCCUGCUACUGGCGGGUGUUUGCAAGGGGCCCCGUGGUCCCUGGGGGCUACCUGACGGCCGCCGUGUGGAUGAGCUUUGCCCAGGCCGGGGUCAAUCCUUUCAUCUGCAUCUUCUCCAACAGGGAGCUUCGGCGUUGCUUCAGCACCACACUCCUCUACUGCAGAAAAUCCAGGUUACCAAGGGAACCCUACUGCGUUAUAUGAAGGUUUUGCUGUGGGUUUUUUCUCUCCUAUGUCUCUAUUUCCCUGAUUGAUCUUGAUCUGGGCUCGCUCCCAUUGUACAGCGCACUCUCUCUUCUAUCUCUCUUCUCUUCAUCCUCCAGUUGUCCUGCUGUUCCUCCUUCUCCUAACCCUUGUUUUUCCGAGGUAGAAGGUGGACUGUCAAUCACGAGGCUCUGUCGGGAUGAUUGAAUAUGAAACGUAUCAAACGUGGAGGCUGAAGGGAAUGGGAAUACGCAGGAGGUCUGGAUCCCCUCCUGUGUUUAUGUUCUAGUAAACAGACAUUUUGGAAGGCCAUGCCAACGCAGAGAAGCAAAAAGUAAAAAAAAAAAAGAACAAAAAAAAAGAAUAAUGGGCAAAACAAUAAAAACAAAACCUUUUGCUUUGGAUAUUUUGAAUAUGCGUUAUUCUGUGUGAAAUACAUAAACAUGAAAAGAAAAAGAAAAAAGAUAAAAAAACAAAGAAACGAUACCUCUCAAGGAAUCACUGGAAAUGUUUUACAUUUUACGAGUUGCACUAAAAAGAAAAUGUAAAGAUGCUUUUUUUUGGUCAACAGUUGCCAGUUGCAUUGCAAGGACAACCUUUCUUCUUUUUUUUUUCAUUCUUUUUUUUUUUUCAAACUAAACAAUGAAUGCUUUAAUUUGCAACAGACUACACAAUCGCUGUAAGUAAAGCAACACGUGGUGACUGCUUGAAUACACCAUCACAAGAGGAUAAAAUGGUUUUAAUGUAAGUGAUAUCUUUUUUCAUUUACUGGGCUUAACCAUGGGGAUUUACAAUGUGUGGUUUUGAAGUUGCAAUUUAAACUAGAAAUAAUUUCUUGUAGUUUUACGAUCCAUAUGUCCCGAGUGUCUGGCAUUGUUAAUUUCGUAUCACUUUUUAC